CAAAUGCACCACCACCGCCACACGUCAAGCUGGAACUAACCUCCAAGACAGCUUGUCCAAUUCGCAGCUUUCCUGCAAGACAUCACCAUCACCACCACAUCUCACCCCUUUUUCUCCUCCCCCAACCGCCGGCGCACCCACGACACAAGACGCAACGACGACAACGGGUACUAGAGCGCUCGCCUGUUUGCCGUCGCAACCGUGUCUGUGUCUCUCCUCCUCCCCUUCUUUCCAUCUCUGCCCCCGUGACCAGCUCUAUCUCUCAUCCCACCAUCAUCACUGCCACAUCCGCUCGCCAUGCUGGUUUCCCUCACCGUCGGUAAGGUCGACGCCGGCGUCACCGUCCUGCUGACGCCCGAUAAACGCCUGAUCGAGUUCCCAUCCAUUCUGCUGCCUCCCAACAUCUCCUCAGGCAGCAUCGUCGACAUUGCCGUGUCCCAGAACGCAACCAAAGAGGCCGCUGCCGACCGUUCGUUCCGCUCCCUCCAAGAUCACAUCUACGGCUCCUUUGGCUCCGCCGAGCCCGACACUCCUGCGCUGCGCUGCCGCAAUGCCACCCAGACCUCCGUAGUCCUCGAGUGGGAUCCCAUCCAGCUUGCCACCGCCGACCUCAUCUCCCUGAGCCUCUACCGCAAUGGCCAGAAGGCCGGAAACAUCCCCCGUCCCUUGCAGAUGCACAGCACCAAGAUUAGUGGCCUUGCCGUCGACACCGAAUACACCUUCCACCUGGUCCUACGCACCACCGCCGGCACCUUCAUUAGCGAGCGCGUCCCCGUGCGGACGCACAAGAUGACCGACCUGAGUGGCAUCACCAUCACUACUGGCAUUCUGCCCGGCGCAAUCAAGGAGAGCCUGACCCAGACGGUUGAGCGCAUGGGCGCCAAGCUUGUGGAUGGUGUCCGUAUCGACACGACGCACUUUGUAACCACCGAAGGUCGCGGCCAACAAUGGGAAAAGGCGGUUGAGAGCAACAUUCCCGUCGUUCGCCCUGAGUGGGUUGAUGCCUGCGAGAAGACUGGCCGUAUUUUGGGUGUGACUAAGUUUUACCUCGACGCCAUGAAACCCGGCCCCCCCAGUGAAGGACAGACGCCUACACCGCCGCCCGCGGAGAAGGAUAAGGAGCUACCCCCUGCACCGACUCCAAACGGCGGCAAGGCAGAAGAGAAGGGCGACAACAAGGACGCACAGAACGGGGACACAACGGAGGACUCUACAGAUGAUGAUGACGAGGAGCCUGAGCAGAAGGCCAAGGCCACGCCAAAGGAGGAGCAAAAGGUACGAUUUGAGGAUAAGCAAGAGCAAAAGGUGGCGCUACGCCCCGGCGGCGCAGCGAGUAAUGGCAACCAACCGAGCGCGGACAGGCCAGAAGAUGAUGACGAGGAGGAUGCGAACGCGAAGCCCACGGGCACGCCCGAUGGUUCAUCGUUCCAGGAGGUGGAGCUAUAGACGACCAUAAAAGACUCUGGAAUCACUUUGGAUUGCAGUGAGUGUUCCUGUUGACGGAUUCCCUCGGAUGGCGUGUGGUACGGCUUGGUUUCUCUUUUUCAUUUUCUGUAUGACUACGUUGGCUGGUUAGUGGGAGGAACAUCAGCAGCGACGACCCAGAUAACUCGUUUAAUCUACACCAACUUUCCCAAUUUCCACAAUUUCCCAUCUCCUCUCUCCUCCUCUCUGUGUCCUUCACAUCCUGUCUUCAUUUACCGCAUACUAUGGCUCCCUGUCACAGUGAGACUCACUUCCCCUUAGUGUUUUCUUUUUUUGACAGAUAAGGGUGCCUUAGUACUCCCAUACCUAGACAGUGGACUAGAAGCUCAACAGUAAAAAAAAAAUACUAACAACAGUAUCAACAAUAUAGACCAUAUAGGUGUAUAGACCAUAUAGGUGCC